CUUGAUUCGGUUUUAUUUUGUGUUAUUCGUUCUCAUAUAAUUAAGACUGAUUGGAAAGAAAUCGUUCUCCUUAUUCAGUAUCACACCAAUGCAAUAACAUCUUAUGAGAAUCUUAUUGUUUUGUGUGUUAUUGUUUUCCUGUUGAUUUUACAGUAUAACGUUCUGCAUUAGGCUGGUUUUUGUAAAUUCCUUGAGCUUGUUUUUGAUCAAGGUGGAACCCAGAGUCAACAGUGUCUUAGUGAGCUGUUUGCAAAUAUUUGCACAGUUAACUUGCAACACAGCUGUCUUGAGCAUUACAUAUGGUCAUAUGGUCAUGUACUAAGAGAGCAUAUUCUUUUACAGAUGGGUGUGGGCGUUUUUGUUUUUUUUAUAAACAUUAAAACAUCGUCAAAUCCUUCAGGACUAAAAUAACUUUAUUAAGAGAUAUUUUAUCUGAAAUGUUCCCUAAGAAGCACCCAUAUGACAUUUAUGUUAAUUGAAAAACAUCAUUCCUUGUAAAUGUGCUUUAUGUAAGCAUCCACCUCUUCUCACAGUCAGCUGACGGGACUAUCACAUGUUCAGUCUAAUCUGAGCUCUACACUCAACUUCAUGGCAAACAUAUUUAGAGUCACUUAUUUAGAGUCACAUUUCAUUCCAAAGUACAGCCAUUCAGCCUACAAAUCGAGUUACGUCAAUGCCCUUUUGAACAUUUAAUAAAUGUCUGAAUUUUUUGUUUUUUACUGAGAACUCCCUUUGUGGAAGAACAUUGGGGGUUCUCAGAAGUUUUGAUGUAUGCUUUACAGGUGCUGCAGUUAUCAUUGUGAAAUGAGGGUGAUUCAGAAGUAACAGUAGAUUUCCAGAGCAAUAGAAGAGUGACUUGAAGAUCAGUCCAUGCCAAACUGUGAAAGACCUAAUAGCAACCUCAUAAUGAUCGACCUGAGCUACCUGACUGAAGAAGAGCAGGAAAUGAUCAUGGCGGUUUUAAAGAGGGAUUCUGAGCUGAAGAAAUCAGAGGAGGAUCGAGUCAAGCAUCUGCAGAAAGUUGUACCAGAGGAGGACAGACGCAAGAACAUGACGGGCGAAUGGUUCUAUGAGGUGAAGUCACAGAGACACCAGGACAGAAUUCACGGUUCUGACAUCAUCAUGGCGUCAAUGAAGCAACGGAAGCCCACGCUUGAUGACUAUUUAACAAGGUCAUGGAGCGAAAGAUCGAGGAGCUUCAAUAUAAAGAACAGUGAUGGCAUCUCAGAGCAGCCAACGGAGAGCAGAGAAAACAGUGGCACAUCAGAGACCCUGCAGGAAAGACUGAACAGGGUCGUGAGAUCACCAUCUAAGACAAGGCACAACCCAUUCAACAGUAUUCCAAUGGAGCUGAACCUCGAGGAGACCCCUGAAGCAUCAGGAUCUGGACUCAAGAGAUCAUCUGCCGACAGGGGCUUUGAUUCACAAGUAAAAUAUCAGGAACCAAGCCACACUGAAGAUAACAGUGAGGUGCCUCGACGAAAACCUGUGCCAAAGAAGAGGACGAAAAUCUUCAAACCCCAGAGCUCUUUAUCUGACAGCGCCAGCUCUGUGUCCACCCAGAGCGCAUCUAGUCAAAGAGUGUCGACUCAGAGUAUAUCUACUCAGAGUACUUCCACUCAAAGCGUGUCCACCACAGAGAGCUCAGGAACCCGAACUCCUGCACCCAGAGGAAUCCUCAAAUACACUUCCAGCUGCAGUUCCAGUGACUCUGCUUUCAAAAGCCAGCUGCCCCAACCAGUUGUAACAUUAAGCUAUGUUCACAAAAGCAGCAAUCAUGAAAAGGAUUUUGACAAGAGUAAACAUAUUUUGGAAAGUAAAGAGGAACCAGGUAUCAAAACACAGCCACUAAAGAUUCCAAAGUCACGUUUACCAGUAAGAGCCCCGUCGCUUCUGAAGAAACCUCCGCAAGACACAGAAGAGAAAACGAAGAUGCAAACACGCUUAAGUCUGAGCUCUAACCCGACAGCAGAUAAUGACAAGAAAGUUGAAGACAGUAUGAAACAAAAAAGAACAGAUGAUUGUUUUGCUCAGUCACCAAACAUAGAACCAGACUAUAUAUCAGAAAAUAUAUCAGAUGAGACUUUUUAUUUUCCUCAUGAGAAUGCAAAGUCUGCAUUAACCACCAACUCUAUGAAACCAUUAGAUGGGAUCAUUGCUCCUCAACGUACACAGCAAAAGUCUGAGACAGUGGAGAAUCAUAUGACUAUGUCGCCAAAGGUGGAAACGACAAGAGCAGAACAUAUUCGGACUGCUGUUGAUCAACAGUUUCCUAGUGUCGCCGACAUAGCAAAUACAUCUACUGAUUGUGGGAUUGAGAGCAGCCCCUCUGCAUUCAAUAUAAACACUUAUAACAUAAAUCAAGAAUCAAAGCCGGCUGUCGCAACAGAUGCACACAUUCCCAAACCUACUGAAGAACAAGGCAAUUCCAUCACCAAAGUUCUCGAGUGGUUUAGCAGAAGCUCAGACAGCAGCGAUAUGCUUGAUGUGGAGAGUAAUCAUGACAUGGAGGAAGAUGCUAAGAUUGAUGACAUAGACGUUGAGGAUGAAGCUAAUCAAAAACCCAAACCAAGAGAUAACGUGUACUUGAUCAUACCACGCCAAAGUGAAAAGAAUUCAUCGAAGGUAAAUUCACCAUUUUUAGUAGAGACAGACUUGGGAAAGGAACAGUGUGUUGAUGAACCUCCUCAAAAUACUCCAAAACAACGGAGAAGAUCUGAAUCCACGUCUUAUAAGGAAUCUCUCAUCACGAAGCCUUCAGUUGACGUUGCUUUGACUGACAUCGCAAACGAUGUCACUCAGCCAGAGGACAGUGUAUCUGAAAAAGUUCAUGAAAAUGAGAAAAUUGACUCUUUAACCAAGGAAGACCCAAGAGAAGAGCCCAAAGUUAAACUUGAAACUGAUUUCAAGGUUCAUCAACAAAAAGAAAGAACGGGUGUUGAAGAGAAUCAAAGACCAAAACUUGCUAAUUUGAGAUCAUUCUGGGAAAGGGAAAACGUCGGACCAAAGAUUUUGAUCAGUAGAUCUAAUGUACCUGCUAAAAAUGAAUCCCUCAACACUAGUGAUGUUUGCACAAAGCCAAUUGAAAGUAAAAAUGAACAAAGGGUAGCUGAACACAGCUUGGGAUAUCCAGAACAUCAGAUAAAAGAGACAAUCAGUGUUGUGGACGUUUCAGACCUUAAGAAUGCUAACACAAUCCAAAAGCCUCAAGUACCAGUUGUUAAAGCCAAGUCAAAAAAUGCAUCAUUGAUCUAUUCUAACCAGAAGAAAGACCAAACACUAGCAAGCUCUCCCUUUGAAAAGCAAACUUCUCUUCCACGUUUAAAAUCAUCAUCUUCGCUUGAUAAUGGAUCUUUAUCAGCAGGUCAAAACAUCGAAAGAAUGGGAGGCAGUAAUGGAGAUUGCACUUCACCAAAAGAAUCAGAGCCGAAGUCCAAAACGACACCAAGGACAAAUCCAGCACCUCUUGUUAAGCAGAAUUCCCAACAGCAGGAGAUCAUGGCAGAGAAGAUCAAACAACUCAAGUCCUUCUGGGAAAAAGAAAAAUGGGAGCCUAGAACAUCAGCUCAAAACAGAAAACCUUCAGUAGCUUCUGCUGAGAUGAACAAAAGAUUUACAAAGUCUGAGUUUGAUCUCAGAUCAAUAGGUGCUGAGUUUGAUGAUGAUGUAGAGGACGAUACUUCUGAUAGAGAGAAACUGUCUCCUAAUUUCUCUAUGUAUCCACUAUGGAAAGAAAGGUCAACUGUAACCGAUGGGAUGAACAAUUCACAGUUUAAGAAUCUCAGAGACUUCUGGGGUGGCUCUCCUACAAUGCAGUCUGGUCAAAAGUCACCGGUUCUUAAAAGUGGAAAUACAAAUCAAAAAAUGUAUAAUGUCCAGUAAGAAAGAAGUAAUGUUAAAACCAUAGUAAAUGAGAGACAAACCAAUGCCAAACAAUCUUUGGCUGACUCCUCAACAGCCAAGCCCGAGAAAACACCACAUUCUUCCUCAAAGAAGAAAUCCACAAGACAAGAAUCUGUAUCAAAAACCAAACAGUCACAUUUUGCCUCCAGUCAGAACACUAUAAAAGAUACAACUCCACAUAAACCUACUAUUGGCCAAGAAUCACGACCUCAGCAGAGCCGAAGCAGCAGCAAAGGCAGUCUGAACGGAAAAGCAAAGUCAAUGCGACGUGCCUCCAGCAUGUUUUCUGUGAACACGGCAGGUGAGGAGCAAAGCCAGAGUGUGCAUCCUCAGCCCAAAGAGACCCAGAGUCCCAAUCUUCACCAGGCAACAAAAAGUUACCUCACACCAUCCAGGAAAACAAUAGAAUCAAGCCAUACCCUGCCAAAAACCUCUUCUGAAAAUUCUUGGCGAGACAAAGAAAGGAACUCUCAGAGAAAACCGUCCUGUACGUCUGAAGACUCUGACUUUCAACCUCUUGCAAGGUCAUAUAUUCCACCCGAUUACCAGCACUACCUGGGAAUCACAGAGACAGGGAGAAUUUUCACUCCUCCUCCAGUUAUAGAGCAGAUAGAUGACUUUCUCUGCACCUCAUUUACAACCUCACCGGAGACCAGCUGCAGAUGUAAAUGUUCCCCUGUAAGAACCAGCACUCCUGUACAAGGAUCUCCUGACCUUCAAAGGAGAGGAAGCUUGGGACUUGAUGGACAUGUCUGUGAUGAUGCUUCCAAGAAUCUGAACCGUGAUAAUGAGAGUUCUGUUCAGAAAGCCUUGAGACGAGCUGCAUCCAGACCCGUGUACCAUAAGAGCAUGAUUGAUAUCAGCCCUUCGCCUGGACAAGGACAAAAUAUCAACCAAACGGAUGACUACGAGCAGGUCCCCAGCACACAUGUCCAGACUUCCUUUGCCACCUCAGACCCAGAGCACCUGAAGCAACUCAGCAAAUCCGUGCCCUCCUUUCUGCAGAAAGAGAGUGAUGGAGGAGAGAGUGACUCAGAGAGCAGCUCCCGCAGCGGCCUGCCACAGAGAAACAACAGACAAUACACCAACCUCAGCGGUUACUCCGGCUCUGCAUCUGUGUCAUCUGUUAGCGGCAGUGUUGCGAGUGUGUAUAGCAGCGACUAUGGCAGUGUUGAAGUUCAAGGCAUCAUCCAGUUUUCACUGAACUAUGUGCAGAAGUUGAGGGAGUUCCACAUCUUCGUGGUUCAGUGCAAGAAUCUGGCAGCGGUGGAUGUGAAAAGGAAUCGAUCUGACCCGUAUGUCAAGAGUUACCUCAUACCUGAUUCUGCCAAUCUGGGAAAGAGAAAAACAUCUGUGAAGAAGAAAACCUUAAAUCCUACAUACAAUGAGAUUCUUAGAUACAGAGUCAGAAUGGAGUACCUCAAGUCUCAGCUUUUGAACCUUUCGGUGUGGCACAAUGACACAUUUGGCCGUAACAGCUUUCUGGGAGAGACAGAGCUUGACCUUUCCUUAUGGGAUUUUAAUGAUAAAGAGAGGAAGUUUUUGCCUCUUAAACCAAGGAAUUACUCCUUUCAGUCCUCAACCAGUCUCCAGGCCUUAGAUUUUAGAGGACAAAUGACAUUGGCUGUACGAUUUCUGCCCCAGAUCUCCCAGUCUAAACGCAUUCCUGGCACAGGUGAAGUGCAUAUCUGGGCCAAAGACUGCAAGAAUCUCCCUCUUAUCAGAAGCCCAUCUAUUGACCCGUAUAUAAAAUGCUUUGUACUGCCUGACAACAGCAAAAAGAGUCGUCAGAAAACUAGGGUGUUGAAGAAGACCACCAGCCCCAAAUUUAAUCACACCAUGGUGUAUGAUGGCUUUAGGGCAGAGGACCUGAAAGAAGCCUGCGUGGAGCUUACAGUUUGGGACCGUGAUCGACUAGCCAAUCACCUGCUUGGAGGCCUAAGACUCGGCAUGGGCACAGGUAAGAGUUAUGGAGUACAGGUGAGCUGGAUGGACUCAACACCAGAAGAGAUUGAUUUAUGGAGGAGAAUGAUGGAGUCUCCCAGUGAGUGGGUUGAAGGGGUGUUGCCACUGAGGAUGCUAACAACAGACAACAAAGCAUGAAAAAUGAGUUUACAGUGAGAGUCUAUUACCAUUAUCAAAGUACAACUUUAAUAUUUCUGCACAUUUCAUAGCUUGCAUUUUCUGUAAUUUAUAACAGGUCAUUUCAUUUGAGUCAGAAAGCUUUUGAGAAACAAGACAAAGCCAGUAUUCAGUCACUGCUUAUGUGGCUUUGGUCUGUGGGGUAUGUUUGGAAUAGAAUCUUAUACAACUUGUACUACUGAAGUAUGCAGUAUACCAUAUAUACUGUGUACUUUAUAUGAAAUACAGUGCAUUUCCAGUGUAACAAAUGUCACUUAAUUUUGUCUGAUUGCCAUAUUGAAUCUUAUUAAAAUCACUCUUUUUAUU